AUGGAUUAUUUCUUCCAAAAAUAUACAGUCAAUCGAGAAGAUUCCGAAGAGAAUGACCCAAAACAACUAAAAAUCUAUGGCAAAACAAUUAAUCCUAGAUCUGAUAGUUCUCCAUCAAUUGAUGGUUUCGAAGAGCAAGAAGAAAGAAUCCAAAAUUUAUUAGCAUCUCUCAAACAGAGUAUUUCAAAAUUGAAAAAAGAGAUUAUUCUCUGCACUUCUAGGCUUGGAGCUUCAGAAAAUAGAUUAGCAAACCAGAUAUCAAUCAUAAACAUGGAAACUAUUAGAUUACAAAGAAAAAAUGAAAAAAUGUCUUGUAAAAUUGAGAAAAUUUCAGAAAACGUUCCAUACUUGCAUAGUCGUGUCAAGAAGGAAGUUGAGGAAAAAGAAGAUACUAUGGGGUUUAAUUUUUCGCAGACCGAAGAGACUUACGUAGAAGAAGAAUCGUUACUCGAAUCAGUGGUGGAGAAGAAUGCUGAAGAAAAAAAAUAUUUCAAUCUUCAACAAGACUCGAGUAACUGGAAUUUCGAAAAUUGA